AUGACCGUAAAUCAACUUGGGGCCACAUUCAAAUCCCCAGGGAUUAAUCCUAUUGGUACCGGUCUUGAUGCUUUUCGUGCUUCCUUCAGUCCAAUCUGUGAAGACAAGAGCAUAUCUUGCACUCCAGACGCGCUCGAUCAGUUUGCGCGAGAAGAGCUUCAGAACCUGACUCUCGAUCUCAUCCUCGCACUGCACGGUCUGCGGACCUCUCGCGUCCUCUCUUCCCGCGGUGGAGGCAAGAAUGUCUUCAGCGACCUAUCAAAAUUGAAGUUCCAACAUGGAAACCUCCUUUCGAGCCAAGUGGUUGAGUCGCUUUUCAUGGUAUCCUGCUUCUGGCCCAGAAUAGUGCCCGCCACUCGCAGGAUCGCCAAUGAGAAGUAUCCGGCAGUUGGCACGAACGAGUCAUCUCUUCGAAGGGAGUUGAAGAUACUGUAA